UUUUUUUUCUUCUUCUUUCUUCUUCUUACAUAUUUUUUUUAAUUUACCUUUUUUUUUCCUUUCCUUCUUUUUAUUUUUUUUAUUUUUAUUUUACAAACAAACAAGCGAUAUAUAUAUAUAAAUAAUUGAUUAUAAUGGGAAGAGAUUAUUACGCUAUAUUAGGUGUUUCUAAAGAUGCUUCAGAUGAUGAUAUUAAAAAAGCCUAUCGAAAACAAGCUUUGAAAUGGCAUCCUGAUAGAAACAAAGACAAUUCAGAAAAAGCAAAAGAAAAAUUCCAAGAAGUGGGUGAAGCGUUUGAAGUAUUAUCAGACAAGAACAAAAGAGCUAUUUUUGAUCAAUAUGGUGAAGAAGGUUUGAAAGCAGGACCUGCUCCUUCUGGUGGUGAACCUGGUGGUUUUUCUGGUUUUUCAACUGAAGGUGGUGCUUUUCCUGGUGGUUUUACUUUUACCAGUACAGGUGGUGGUGGCUAUCAUCCAAGCUCGGCUGACGAUAUAUUCAAACAUUUCUUUUCUGCCUUUGGUGGUGGUGAAGAUUUAGGUGGUGGUAUGCCUGGUUUCUCAUUCCAAAGUAUGGGUGGUGGUCGUCCAAAAUCAUCAUCAAGAUUUGCUCAACAAUCUGGCUUCGGCGACUUUGACUCAUUUGGACAAACUCAAACAAAUCAAAAACCUCCUGCUAUUAAACGACCUUUACCUGUCACAUUGGAAGCUUUAUACACUGGUACAACGAAACGACUCAAAGUGACACGAAAACAACCAGAUGCUAGUGGCCGAAUGACAACAACAGACAAAGUAUUAACAAUUGAUAUUAAACCUGGAUGGAAGGCAGGCACCAAGAUUUUAUUCAAGAAUGAAGGCGAUAUGAUGGAAAAUGGACAAACGCAAGAUAUUGUAUUUAUAUUGGAAGAAAAACCUCAUGAUCUAUUCAAACGGGAAGGCGACAAUUUGCGAAUGAAUAUCAAACUAUCUCUUGUAGAGGCAUUGACGGGAUUUACAAAGACAAUCACUACUCUAGAUGGAAGAAAACUCAAGGUUUCCAAUGCAAGUGCUGUGGUUCAACCUGGACAAGUAUCUCGUGUGGCGAAUGAAGGUAUGCCAAAUUCCAAAACUGGUAGAAAGGGUGAUUUGAUGAUCAAGUAUGAUGUUGUUUUCCCUACUUCUCUAACAACUGAUCAAAAGGACACCAUCAGGAAAACACUUGGAUAAGAUAGGAUAGAUUUUUUUUUAUCACUGGUUGAGUGAUUUUGUAUGUAGUUUAUGUAUAGUUUUAUUAUGUUUUUACUAUUAUUGACAUGAUUUUUUUUUUUUUUUUUGCUUUUUUU